AUGCAGGAGGCACUCUCCGAACUGAAGAGAGAGUUUAGCCGGUCGUCAGAAAAGAGCCCAAUGGCUAAAACAAGCGAUACUGAAACGAAGGAAGGCGAAAAGGCGGAAGAAAGUGAAAAGCCCCCGCAAGCCCAGUCUCGGUCUCGAAUUGUCCUCAACAGAGUCAACAGUGCAGGCGAGCGUGAGGAUGUCGAGUACGACAAAAAGCCAACAAAGCAAUCCUCAUCAGCCCAGGUCAAAGGCUAUGAAUUCACGUUGAGGAAAUUCAUUGAGGAGGACCCAAGGCAAAACCACAGCGAAAUUGAAAUUGAAAGCCCCCCUCUGCGGAAUUUUAUGAAAGAACUGCUAAUUUCCUGUCCGUAUCAUACCUUCAGAGGCAGUCCUCAAACCCUGUAUUCCCCCUACGAGGCUAUAGUUCUCAACUGGGACCAGCUUGCAAAAGCUGCUGAGGAUCGUAAAUUUAGCCCGUGGCCGGUGGAUCGCAAAGAUUGGUUUUUGCGAUGCUGGGCCUACGACUGGGAUGGAUCACAGUUCCAGCGGUUACCGCUGAAACUCCGGUUUGCACGUUUUGAGGAGAGCAAGCCCAUCAAUUCUCUUCCGUUUUAUCCCUUGGAAUGCCACGAAGACUCAGAUACCCUGCGCCGGAAGCUGAUUGAGCGCGGAAAAAAAUAUCGGCGUUUCUGCACAGCGAGUUUGGGCUCGCAGAUGUUCAGUUAUGACGGCCAGGCCGUUUUGGUCAAGAGGGGUCUAUCUAGCAUGCGUGACUUUAUGAAGAGAGAUACAGAUACUCACGACGAUAGCUCCAUAUUCUCCUACAGCACAUCAACAAGUAGCACGAGUGCCGGGUUCGCCUUCUUGAAAGACCGGGUUAUGGUUGACUUCAAGUCGUACUUCGAAAAAAGUCGAUGCGAUGCUCUCAUAGGGGAUAUAACCCCCGAAGGCAGGUAUGGGGAGUGCCAGUGCCCUACCUGCCAGACAAACCAGGAGCUCAUGGCCUUGUAUCGGACUAGAUUUGAUCGCGCUAACAUUGACGGUCGAGACUGGGAUGCAGAGCAAUAUCUGCUUUGCCCCCCUCGCGUGUUUGGCUAUGUUUUGCGCGAGAAACAGUGGGCGCAGCUUCACGCCCACGGCAAGAAAUCGACGGCUAAGACUGUCGCACUCAAGGCAGAAAAGCCGCUCUUUGCCAUCAGCGUGGCUGAUGUUGGGACCGAGGCCAAACAUGUCGAGUCUAAUCUGCGCAGAAUAUUCACCCUGGCAACUACAUGGCAGGCCAUCCUCCUCAUUGACGAAGCAGAUGUCUUCCUGCAAAGCCGGUCAUUGGGGGUCACCCAUGGAGGCAACAUUGAGCGCAAUGCCCUCGUUUCUGUGCUUCUUCGCGUCCUGGAAUAUUACCAAGGAAUACUCAUGUUAACCACCAACCAAAUCGCCCAAUUCGACGUGGCUGUGCAUUCACGCAUCCACGUCGCCAUCAAGUACCGCGAGCUCAAGGAAGACCGUGCAAUGGCGAUUUUCAGGAACUUCCUCGACCCUCUUGACCGCAAGGGCAAAGUCAAGGACAUGGACAAGAUUGUGCAAUGGCUUCAGCGAGAGAUUCGCCUCGCGGGGUUUGGGGGGCGCCAGAUCCGUAAUGUUGUCACGUCGGCGCUGAGUCUCGCGCGUGCGCGUGGAGACAGACAGUUGAGCAGGGACCAUCUGUCGGACGUGGUGGACAAUGUGCACGAGUUCAAGCUGGAGUUUAUCCGGCAGUAUGAAAACUACAAAACACAGCAACAGGGCCUUAGCUAG